AGCAAUAAACAACUGCGAGUAUUUAAGGACACUGGACAAUCCUUCCUUAGUAAUAAUCAUAAUAAAACAAAGAUACCACCAGUUACCUCUCCAUCCCAUCCUAAUGAAGGAGCUUCACCCUGACUGACUUCGGGAGAUGGGAUUACUCAACAUAACAGACCAGACCCCACUGGUCCAGGCCAUAUUUAACCGUAAUCCAGGAGAAGUUCAGGUACUGUUGCACAAGAAGGAAGAUGUCAAUGCACUGGACCCAGAGCGGCGUACCCCUCUGCACGCCGCCGCUUACCUGGGCCACGUUCACAUCAUGGACCUCCUCAUUCAUUCAGGUGCCACUGUUAAUGCUAAGGACCAUUUAUGGCUGACUCCUCUGCAUCGGGCAGUCGCCUCCCGGAAUGAAAAGGCAGUGGGGCUGCUGCUGAAGCAAGGGGCGGAAGUGAACGCGCGGGACAAGCUGUGGCAGACCCCGCUCCACGUGGCGGCGGCCAAUAGGGCCACGCGGUGCGCCGAGGCCCUGUUCCCCUACCUGGGCAGCCUCAACGUGGCCGACUGCAACGGCAGGACCGCCCUGCACCACGCCGCUCUCAGCGGCCAUUUGGAGAUGGUGACGUUGCUGCUAAACAAAGGGGCCAGCUUGAAUGCUAGUGAUAAGAAAGAGAGACAACCUGUGCACUUGGCGGCCUGUCAUGGCAACCUGGAGGUGGUGAAGCUGCUGGUCUCCCGGGGCGCGGACGCGGUGUGCAAGGACGAGCGUGGCUACACCCCCCUGCACGCCGCGGCUGCCAGCGGCCACGUCGACGUGGUGAAGUACCUGCUGCAGCUGGGGGCCGAGAUGGACGAGCCCAACGCCUUCGGGAACACCGCGCUGCACAUGGCCUGCUACCUGGGCCAGGAGUCCGUGGCCAACGAGCUGGUCAACCGGGGCGCCAACGUCAACCACCCCAACCGCCGCGGCUGCACCCCCCUCCACCUGGCCGCCGUCUCCACCAACGGCGCCCUCUGCCUGGAGCUGCUCGUCAACAACGGCGCCGACGUCAACAUGCAGAGCAAAGAGGGGAAGAGCCCCCUGCACAUGGCGGCUAUUCACGGCCGCUUCACCCGCUCCCAGAUACUCAUCCAGAACGGCGGAGACAUUGACUGUGUGGAUAAAUAUGGCAAUACUCCUCUUCACAUUGCUGCUAAGUACGGCCAUGAACUGCUGAUCAGCACCCUGAUGACCAACGGUGCUGACACAGCCAGGCAGGGGAUCCACGGGAUGUUCCCGCUGCACUUGGCCGUGCUCUAUGGGUUUUCAGACUGUUGUCGCAAGUUACUCUCCUCAGGUCAGCUGUACAGCAUCGUGUCCUCCCUGAGCCACGAGCAGGUCCUGUCGGCCGGGUUCGACAUCGACACCCCGGACGGCCUGGGGAGGACCUGUCUGCACGCCGCUGCGUCCGGCGGAAAUGUUGAAUGUCUUAACUUGCUGCUGAGCAGUGGUGCCGACUUGACCAAGAAGGACAAAUUAGGAAGGACUCCGUUGCACUACGCCGCAGCCAAUGGGAACCACCCGGUCGCGGUCGUCCUGGUGAGCGCGGGCGCUGAGGUCAACGAGCCCGACGGGACCGGCUGCACCCCUCUGCACUACUCCGCAGCCUCUCAGACCUUCUGCCGAGUGGACAGGCAUUACUCGGGAGACCGACAAUGUGAGGAGCGAGACAAGGAGAAGUUUUUUAGCCUGGAGUUUUUGCUGGAUAAUGGCGCAGAUCCGGCCAUGCGGAACCUGCAGGGUUACACCCCCGUUCACUAUGCAGCUGCCCACGGCAACAAGCUGAGCCUUGAGCUGCUCUUGGAAAUGUCUUUCAACUGUUUGGGAGAUAUAGAGAGCACCAUUCCAGUUAGCCCUUUGCACUUAGCUGCCUAUAACGGACACUGUGACGCGCUGCGAGUUCUGUCGGAGAUGCUGGUGAGCCUGGACGGGCGCGACUCGGGGGGGCGCACCGCGCUGCACCUGGCGGCCCAGCGGGGCCACGCCCCCUGCGUGGAGGUCCUGCUGGCCCACGGGGCGUCCUGUCUGCUCCAGGACCACCACCGCAGAUGGACCCCCCUGCAUGUGGCGGCUGCCAUUGGCCACACAGACUGCCUGCGCUUGCUGGUGGAAAGCGGGGAGAAGGCGGACCUCGCUGACAUCACGGACGCUCAGGGAGAGACCCCCCUGAUGCUGGCGGUGCUGGGCCGCCACGCUGACUGUGUGCGCCUCCUGCUGGACGAGGGAGCCCUGCCUGACGCGCAGGACCGAAGGGGCAGGACCGCUCUGCACCGGGGGGUGGUGAUGGGGUGUGAGGUCAGCGUUUCGGCCCUGCUGGAGAGCCACGCCUCCGCGCUCACCCAGGACUUCCAGGGUCGCACCCCCCUCCACCUGGCGGCGUCCUGCGGACGCGUGGACAUCCUGGGGAAGCUGCUCCCGGCCGCCAGCGGCUCGGACCAGCCGGCCUCCGUACAGGACUACAGCGGGUACACCCCCGCGCACUGGGCCGCCUACCACGGGCAUGAAGACUGUUUGGAAGCUUUACUUGAACAUAAACCAUGUAGUAUCCAGGAAGGAAAUCCUUUCACCCCGUUGCACUGUGCGCUGAUUAAUGGCCAUAGUGGGGCAGCAGAGCUGCUGCUGGAGUUGGGGGGCUCUCCACUGCUGAACAUCAGAGACGCUAAGGGGAGGACGCCGCUGCACGCCGCCGCCUUCGCCGGGAACGCCACCGGGCUGCAGCUGGUGCUCAGGCAGGGGUCAGAGGUCAACGCCGUGGACCUCGCCGGACGCUCCGCCCUCAUGGUCGCGGCGGACCGCGGGCAGACCGCUGGCGUGGAUAUGCUGCUGCACAGAGGAAAGGCCGACCUGACGCUGCUGGAUGUGAACAACAACACAGCCCUGCACCUGGCCUGCAACAAGGGUCAUGAGAUGUGUGCCCUGCUUAUUCUGGAUGAGAUUGAAGACCUGUCACUCAUCAAUGCCACAAACAGUGCUCUGCAAAUGCCCCUGCACAUGGCGGCCAGGAAGGGUCUGGCCACGGUGGUGCAGGUGCUGCUGAGCCGCGGUGCCACAGUGCUGGCUGUGGAUGAGAAGGGCCACACCCCUGCCCUGGCCUGUGCGCCCAAUCAGGACGUGGCAGACUGCCUGGCCCUCAUCCUCUCCACCAUGAGGCCUUUUCCUCCCAAAGAGCCCGCUGGCGCCCCCUUCAGCCUGGGCCUGCUGAAGCCCUGCGGCAUCGCGGCCGGCUGCGGGCCCCUGCCCAACGGCGCCCUGGGCCACGCCUACGCCAAGGACCGGCCCGGCGCCGUCGGCCUGGACGGCUGCUUCUCCGAGUGACCCCGCCCCUCGUUCGCACGCGGCCGUGAGCGGGAAGUCGUACGUGUUCGCGUGCGUCCGAGUAUCUCUCAAAGGUGCAGUCAAACCCAUAUGCAGUUAUGAGCCUCUCCUCCUCAUACACGUGAGCUCUCUCUUCCACCUCCGCGUGCUCCGCCCACCGAGCGCAGCCCUGGGAGAAGCUCCGCCCAUCGCAGCCAUGCGCAGCCCUGGGAGAAGCUCCGCCCAUCGAGCGCAGCCAUGCGCAGCCCUGGGAGAAGCUGCUCCUCAGGCCUUCAACACUAUUCACCAAAAUUAAUUCCGUCCCUCAGCACUUUGGCUUGUAGCUUUUCAUUUGGUUAUAGGGCCUUAGCUAUUUAUUUUUAACUUGUAGAAUUAAAAAAUAAAUAGAAUAGAAUGUCAGAGGAAAACUAUAUCUGUAAAUGCACCUUGUGUAUUUUGAACCUGGAAAAGCAAUGAGCACUAAAUGGAAAAGUAAACAUGAGGGGCAGAGGUAGCAAGCCCAGGUGCAGUAGCACUGUAAGCACACCGGGGGCAUCGCUGAUACGGAUCCAAGCAGGCCGUGUGGUUGAAAGGAAGGCCAGUGCCUCGGAGGGCAGGGAUGGAGAGAGCUGUGGCUGAAAUGGGUUUGACUGUACCGCAGAGGGAAGGGGUGCAGAGAAACCCUCAUUUUAAGUACAGGUAACACCCUCAGAAACACGCCUAACAGCUUGAGCGACGUGAACUAAAGAAACCAUUUCUUAUCGGUAAUAAGCAAUCUGAUUGUAUUGAGCAGUUAUGAGAUUAGGAGAUAACGGUUGAUUUAUAUGCUAAAUGUACAGUUUUUUUGUGUUUAUGUGGGGCUCCAAUUUUGCACAAUGUCAGGGAAAAACAAUCAGAAACAAAAAGGAAAAAAAAAAACUACAAUUCUGCCAAUGAGCUGUUGUUUAUCAAGCAUUUAUGGAAGGGAGGGGUAAGCCUGAAAGAUGCAAUGGCGGCUUCCCCCUCCCUCCCUGUUAACCCUGCAGAGAAGCAGGGGAUUGUGGGUAGGGAGGACUGCGCUCCAAUACCUCUCAGAUUACACGGCAGGUGAAAUCGCCUUGAUUUUCCUGCUCACUCCUGGAGCUCAGCCAAGGUUAUGGAUGAAGGAGGGUUUUCUUUUUUUCUUUUUUUAUUUAUUUUGCAGCGUAUGUGUUUUUAUGACACUUUCAGUCUUUUUUUUUUUUACAGCUUUGUGCCUAUGAAAUACCGCUAAUUUUGGGGAGGAACACCCGAUCGCCCCUUGCACACACAGACACCACCUUGAUUCCUUUUGAAAGGGUGAUUCUUCUUUUUUUUUCUUUUUUUUUUUUUUAAAAGAGAGCAAUACUAGAUUUUUUUUUAAGGAAGCGCUAUUAACUUGAACAGUUUAAGAAAGACAGGAAGCUCACAUGCUGCCACCAAACCUGGGGUUAGGGGAAGAGUCCACAAGUGUACCAACACGUACCUCUGGAACUUUAAUAUGGCUGUGAACUUUUCCACAAAAUUUGUGUACACCAUUUCAGAGUUUCAUGAACGAUGGUUGUACGAUCCUGAAUUUGUGGAGCUCAGCAUUUUUUUUUGCACUUUUCUUCUAUAUGAGGAAAAAACUAUUAGCUGCUGAAAUCUGCUGCCUUUUUUGCACGUUUGUCCUUACAGUUUGCAUCAGUGCAGUCCAUUUUUUUGUUGUUCUGAAAAUUUCACUCUGAAUUUUUUGUUGAAACUUUCAGACCAAGUGUUGUUUUGUGUGUUCAUGGGACUUCUUUAUUUGUGUAUCUUUACUUUUUCUCAGCAAGGGAGUAUUUAAAAUUGAGUUAAGAUCUUAAACUGCAAUACACUCACUGUUAAAUUUACCAAAGGUAACAUAUUAAUACUAUGCUUUUUAAAUGCCUUUCUUUAAGACAGCCAGCCAUACUAGAUGUUGAAACGCAACCCCCCCCCCUCCCCCCCCCAUUACGUGCUUGUCGAUGUAUAACAACUGUCAUUUAAUGUGGAAUCCCGUUUGAGACGUGGAGCUCUGAAUAUCUUUGAUCAGCGAUCUCUAAGAAUGUAACAAUCCGCUGUCGUAAGCAGCAUCCAAAGAAACGGCCGUGCUCGUGUUCUUCUAUCUUUUAGUUUCUAAGUGAAAAUUUAGCGUUCGCCCUUUCCUUUCCUGGGGACGAAUUAACUGCACAUUAACUUGGGUAUCGCAAUAUCAUUUCAUAAUCGCGGGAGUAGGCAGCCAGAUGCGCUCACGCAGCUACGCCGUCCGCCUGGCCGCGUUUCCUACGGCAUCCAGCAAAAAAACAAAUCUGCCAAAGUCUUCACAGCCGAGCACACGAGUGACAGUUACAGAUACCUCGCAGUCGCGCAGAAUUUUCUGCUAAUGCAUGUGUAUGCUACGGUGUACUCAAAAUAGCCUCUUUCACUGUGUCUUGCGUGUUGAAGGGAUAACGUUUUAAGAUAAAAAGAAUCUGAGGACAUUUCAUACCCUUAGCCAACUUUAAUGGCUUGUCCUAUAACACUUUCUGCGAAUGGUCCUUUAUAUAAGAGCUGUACAGGUCAUUCAUAAGCACUACCUACCUUCAUAAGCGCUAAACAAUGACUGCAAAUGGUUGUAUGGUGCGUAUCGCACGGUAUGUCAUGUAACAUGCUGAAUCUGUAAACA